AUGUCAAGUCAAUGGGUCGGGUCAUCCAAUCCAUCAAGUCAAAUUCAGAGCUCUAGCAGUUCCUAUCAAGAUAUUUUCAAGAUCAUUGGACGAUAUACUGAAGAUGUGAAAAAUACCUCUAUGGUUGUUAAUAGUUAUCUUCGAAAAGGUGAAUUUAUUGUCUUUGAUCUAAAUAAAUCAGAUGAUAAUCCACUGGCAAUUCAGUUGAGAUUUGAUACUCCAUUAGACCUUCAAAAAGAGAAUCACCUAUUUGCAAUGAGAAAGUUGACAAUAAAUGAUGCUUGUGCAAUUGCUGGAAAACGUGGUGGGCUUUGUCUUUCUACUGAAUAUGUUAAUGCUAACAUGCAAUGUGCAAAUAGUUAUGAGUGGACUACAUCUCUUAAUAAUAUAAAUAACAGUAAGACAUGGUGUUCGUAUUGUGCAAAUAAGGCCAGUCAUACAAUUGAAGAUGCUAAGCAAGUUGCUUUUAGUAAGAAUGGAGAAUGCCUUUCCAAAAUGUAUGAUAAUAGUUUUUCACCUUUAUCAUGGCGUUGUUCUGAAAGGCAUGAGUGGAAUGCAUCUUUUAACACUGUAAAAAAUAAUAAGAAGUGGUGUCCAUAUUGUGCAAAUAAUAGGCCUUGUACACUUGAAGAUGUCAAACAAUUGGCUUAUAAUAGAAAAGGAGCUUGUCUUUCUGAAUAUUAUAUUAAUAAUUGUUCAGCUUUAUUAUGGAUGUGUGAUAAAAAGUAUAGAUGGUUUGCUACUUUUGAUAAUGUUAAACAUUUAAACUCGUGGUGCCCAUUCUGCCCGAAAUAUAAAAGAGAAAAGCUAUGUCACAAGAUUUUAACAAUAUCUUGGCCCUCCUUCACUAAUCCACAAACCUAAUUUUCUCAAAACACCAGAAUGUCCCACAGGAUUAGAACUUGAUAUUUAUUACCCAGAAUAUGGCUUUGCAAUCGAAGUACAAGGCAUACAACACGAAAAAUAUAUCAAAUUCUUCCAUAAUGGCAAUUCCAAUAAUUUUAUCAAACAGCAAGCGCGGAACCAACUCAAGAAAGAAUUAUGCGAAGAGAAUCGGAUUGCACUAAGAUAUGUUUGGUAUUACGAAGACCCAUAUAUAAUUAUUCC